CGAACCCUGGGAGUUCGUUCCGAAACAAUGCAAGACGCAUCUCACACUGACCAUUGAACUGCUGUUGUUCGAGGGAACGAAACUUUCUCUAAAAGUUUCGAGCCGUUUCGAAACGAGUCGUGAGAUGACAUUUCAAUUAUGAAAGAAAGCGGAUUUCUUCUUUGUUUGCCGAGGCUCGUUGUUAACGACAGUUUGUGAAGAAAAAACACAUUAAAAAUACGUUCCUUCCAUUUGAAUUCGUCGUUGUUAGCGGCAGUUGGUGACGAGAAAAAUAUAAAAACACGUUUAGGGAGUCACUUAAAUUCGUGAAAGAAGCUCUUUUAGACGUUUUACUGUAAUACUUACGACGUGUUACACAGUGUUUUUUUGAAUGAUGAAGAAGAAGAGUAACUGGAUCCUCAUUGUUGACGUUUGUGAGCAGCAAACUCCUCCAAAGUAGUUUCGUCCGACCACUUCGUAGCCUUUUUUAAAUUUAGGAGUGGUUCCUUCGCCGAAUAUUGCGCAUAGGAGGAGAACGAAGCUACGGUGGAUACCAUGGCAUCCAUAGGCCUUCCCAUUCCCGGCAGCGGCGAAAAGAACGGAGAUAUCUGUCCCGAGGAUGUUGCUUGCUCUCCUGCCCUCCAUCCUGAUGCCUACGCGACCCUAAAGCAGGACGAGUGUGAGGGGGUGCCCCUCAACACCAACUGGACCUUCUGGAUAGAUAAGGCUGUUCGUGGUGCCACAGCGGCUGAGUAUGAAGCAAAUAUGAAGAAGAUUUACACCGUUUCUACUGUUCAGAGUUUCUGGUCAGUUUAUAACCAUAUUCCAGAUGUUUCGGAAAUAUCUCAGCGAUACUCAUAUCACUUGAUGCGUGGCGAUCGUCGUCCUAUGUGGGAGGAUGAGGGCAACCAGAAUGGGGGUACUUGGAGAAUCAAAGUUAAUAAAAGGGAUACGUCUUUCGUAUGGAGAGAGCUUUUGCUAGCAGCAAUUGGCGAGCAGUUUGAGGGUCACUUGGCAGAAGGCGAUGAGGUGUGUGGGCUCUCGGUAUCUAUUCGUGAUAGAGAUGAUAUUCUGCAAAUCUGGAAUUAUGACUCAAGACUCACAAAUCAAGCCACAUUGAUGAAGAAAGUGCAUAGUCUAGUACCUGAUGUGGUUUUCACAGCUGAAUUUUACAAACCUCAUCAAACACAUCAUGCGUACGAGGGCGAAAAAUCCCAAGUAUCUGGUCCUGCAAUUUUAGGUGUAGGUUCUUGAACAUAGCUCAAGUUAGUAUCAAAUGAGCAUUUUAGGAAUGAAAUAUAGAAAUCAUUUAAUUAUUUUUAUCAGAUGUAUUAUCUGUUUACAUGUAUGCAGAAUAUUGUCCAUUAUUUUAGACAACAUUUUUUAUAAAAUAUUUAUCACCAUAUAUCAUAGAGGGUUGUUUUUCUUGAUAUUGUGAAUUUAAGACACUGCCUAGCUAUUUCUUAAAGAGAAAGUGAGUAUUAUUUUAGAUUAAUUGUUUAGCCCCAAGUUACUACUAGUCUAGACUACUUACUGGAGUAUUUAUGAAAACAAGCAAUUUUAUAUUGUUAGAAAGAAUACUUUUAUGGAUUUUUAGACUUAAGGUAUUUUAUAAAGUUGUGAUACUAAUGUACCAUACCAUAGGCUGUAUAAUAAUAAUUAAAAUUUUAAAAUCAGA